GUUUGCCGGACAGUGGACAGUGGGGACAGUCUGUCAGACAGAGAGCUGCACCAAAGCCGCUGACGGGAUGCUUCUCCUGUCUCUGAGUGUCCGGCCUUUUCGGAACCGGGUCCGGACGGUUCGGAUGUGGAGCCGAGACUUGUCAACUAUUUCAACCACCGUUUGUAACAGCGGGUCACUCACGGCGAAGACAUCAUACAUCCAAAUGAGACGCAGAGGAUUAUAUCAACACAGUUUCAUUCUCACUCGGGUAAUGAGCUCAACCAAACCACCACAAGAUGAAAUGGCCAAAGAUCAAGAGCUUUGCGGAAGAGAAGGGCGGGAAUCAGAUGAUGAUUGUAAUGAAGGACGAAGAGGAGGGAAAAAGGAGGAGGAGUCCCACUGGUGGACGCGCUUUCAGGACGAUUUCCCAUCAUACAAAAAAUCAUUUCAGAACCUUGCACUUGGUGCAGCAGGCAUGGCUUUUGCAUUCUUGUACUUUCACUGUAAAGAAACCGGGGUCCAGAUCUCCUGGAAGGUUUUUGUCCAUCACUUCUUGAGCAGAGGCUUGGUGGGUCACGUGGAAGUUGUCAACAAACAAUAUGUCAAAGUAUUUCCUGCACACGGAGUGAACACAUCAGAAGUGAGCUAUGUGUGGUUCAACAUUGGCAGCGUGGACUCGUUUGAGCAUAACCUGGAGAUGGCUCAGCAGGAAAUAGGUCAGGACUCCACACAGAGAGUACCCAUACUCUACAGCAGUGAAAGUGACGGGACGUUCUUUUUAAAUACCCUACCAACUUUACUUCUGGCUGGAUUUUUACUGUUUGCCAUCCGACAAGGACCAGCAGCUAUGGGGAAAGGAAACCCUUUCAAACUAAGUGAAUCCAAAGCCAAGAUUGUUAAAGAAAAGAUCAGCGUGUGUUUUAAGGAUGUUGCAGGCUGUGACGAGGCCAAACUAGAGAUCCUGGAGCUGGUCAACUUCUUGAAGAACCCACAUCAGUACCACACUCUGGGAGCCAAGAUCCCUAAGGGUGCAGUGUUAUCUGGGCCACCUGGAACUGGGAAGACCUUGCUAGCUAAGGCCACUGCAGGAGAAGCCAACGUCCCUUUCAUUACUGCCAAUGGCUCUGAGUUCCAGGAAAUGUUUGCUGGCGUGGGCCCUGCGAGGAUAAGAGACAUGUUUGCCACAGCUCGAAAAAAUGCCCCUUGCAUUCUUUUCAUUGACGAGAUCGACGCCGUUGGCAGGAAGAGAGGCAGCGUGAACUGUGUGGACCAGAGAGAGCAGGAAAACACCCUGAACCAGUUGCUGGUGGAAAUGGACGGAUUCAACAGUAGCACUAACGUCAUCGUUUUAGCUGGGACCAACCGAGUCGAUAUCCUGGAUCCAGCUCUGAUGAGGCCUGGACGCUUUGAUCGACAUAUAUACAUAGGCCCUCCAGACAUAAAAGGAAGGGCGUCCAUCUUUAAUGUGCAUUUGAGACCUCUAAAGUUGGACUCCAGUAUAGAUGUGGAGGCUUUGGCCAGGAAGUUAGCUGCACUAACCCCAAGUUUUACUGGAGCUCAUAUCGCUAGUGUGUGUAAUGAGGCUGCUCUGAUAGCUGGACGCCACAUCAACCAGUGCAUCACUGUUAAUCACUUUGAGCAGGCAAUUCAGAGAGUGACUGGAGGUCUGGAGAAAAAGACUCCGUGUCUGCAACUGCCUGAGAAAACUACCGUAGCGUAUCACGAGGCAGGGCGCGCUGUCGUUGGCUGGUUCCUCCAACAUGCAGACCCACUACUAAAGGUGUCCAUUGCUCCUAGAGGGAGUAGCUUGGGUUAUGCUCAGUAUCUCCCCAAGGAACAGUACCUCUUCAACCAGAACCAGCUGUUAGACAGGAUGUGCAUGAUGUUGGGCGGUCGAGUGGCUGAGCAGGUGUUCUUUAAUCAGAUCACUACCAGGGCACAAGAUGACCUCAAGAAAGUCACACAGUCAGCCUAUGCACAGGUUGUGCAGUUUGGGAUGAAUGAGGCAGUGGGUCAGGUUUGUUUUGACCUCCCUCAGCAGGGCAGCGGACUAACAGAGAAGCCCUUCAGUGAAUCUACAGCCCAGCUUGUAGACCAGGAGGUCCGCUCGCUCAUAGAUGCUGCCUUCCAACGAACACUUCAGCUCGUCCUGGAGAAGAAAGAAAUGGUGGAUAAGGUGGCAAAACGUCUUUUACGAAAAGACUUCCUAGACAGGGCUGACCUGAUGGAGCUGCUCGGACCUCGUCCCUUUCAAGACAAUUCUUCAUAUGAAGAGUUUGUUGAAGGGUUGGAGGAGUCAGAAGGAGACACAUCAUUACACGAAGGAAUGAACGACUGGAACAAGAACAGAAGAGAUGAAAAACAGCACAACAAAUCAGCUCUUUACCUGUAGAUGAAGGAUCAAGGGGAAUAUUCCACUACAUUUAUUUUUCUUUAUGUGCCUUGUAGUCCAGUCUGAAAAGUUCUGACCAUGGUUCAUUUCACUGACAGCCUCAAAGCCAGGCCUCGUCCAGGUCUUUAUGCAAUGUGCACUUUUCUUUUUUAUUGAUUAUCAUUUUUCUGUAAAAAUGGAGUUGGUAGCUUACAUUUUGCCAGAUGAGCCAUCUACUCCAUUCUAGUGCAAUUAUUUAGACUACAAAUAAACAGUUAAGUUAUAAAUAAUUUAUGUAUUAGCCAGCACAUUGUGUUGGUAUGAGCAUAAGGGACCGAUAAGACAGUUAAUUAAUCAAUACUUUUAUUAAGACAAGUCGGAGUUUCAUUAAAACCUCCUUUGUACUUGAGACUUAAUAUUUAAUAUGAGUGUGAGUGUGAGUAUGAGUGGAGAAUCAGCAUCUCCUGUCCAGUGUUGGUAGUCGGGGUCUUUAGGUCCGAUGGGUUGAGGGGAGGGGCCUCCAUGGAUCAUCCCUCAGAUACUUGAUCAAUUUGGGGUGUUCUUGUUCUGUUGUUCAUGUUUUGUGGAUGUCUGCAGCCAUCAAGGAGUGUCAUUAUUAUGGGGUGGGGGUGUGUGGUCUGGUCUUGGUGGUACAUGUCUAAGUAACAUCAACACAAAUGCCAGAUCCAAAAGUUUCUCAGCAAAACAUUGAGUUGUCACUAGAUGAUGUAAUUCACUUCUCCGGUCUUAAUGUUGUGACUGAUUGAUAUAUUUCAUAAUGUACUUUGAAAUCUGUCUUUAAACCAUUACGCAAUCAAGACAUUGUAGCCUCCCUAAACCUGGUUCUCAUCUAUAAGGAAUUAAUAUUCAUUAUGUUUUGAGAUUAGGUCUAUGCACAUUACAUAUUACAGACCUUACAUAUAAUAGUGGAUCACAUGCAGUUGCAUUGCCAUAUUUUAAAGCUUGUAUCAUAUUUGUGUGUAGCCGUCUUCUUCUCAGUACCUUAAGUCCUCACUGUCUUAACAGUGACAACAAGUUUUUUUGUGUGUAUGUUUAAUGUCAGUCGAUCUAAGCAAGUUAAGCUAGAUGAUAAAUCAUGUAGCAUUCUCAUUUAACAUAUUUGAGAACUAUUCCUUAAAGGGAGGCAACACACUGUAACCUGAGUGUUAUCAGUAUCUUAAUUAUUAUGCCAGUAGCUAGUAAUGGUUUAAGGGCCACAGCCAGCAUGACACAAAACAGCAAUACAUGUUGGAAAGUAGUGUAUCUGUUUGAUAUUGCAGUGUUGUGCCUGCUUGACUAUGUAUGGUUUUUACUUGAUGACCAUUUCUUUUGAUGUGUCACAAAGACAAGUAAAACAUGAAAAACUGUUGUGGCAAGUAUUAAAACGUUGUUAUACACAGAUAUGCCUUG